UCUGGUGCCGCGCUAUCAAAUCGAUACCUGCUAAGCUCACAACAGACCACGCUAGUGCAAAAAGUCCAUCAAUACUGCUAUACCCGUCACGAGCCUUCAUCAAGUUCACGAUGAUUUCAUUCGCGUCCUUCCCUUCAACUUCCGAAGCAUAUGGGAGGUAUGGCAACACUAGACAUCACCCAGAUGUCGAAGACGACGUGCACAUGGACCUUGAUGAGGACGAUUUUGAGGAGAAUGUACAAAGAUUGACGGUACCGGGAGAGUCCAUCACGUCUUCACAUGCUUUUAUGCGAGGUCAUGGAACAUACGUUGACAACGACGAAGUCAUCGCUUCCGUUGCUGGAACUGUGGAGCGCGUGAACAAGCUCAUUACUGUGCGCGCGGUACGCAGCAGAUACAACCCCGAGGUCGGAGACUUAGUGGUCGGGCGAAUAACUGAGGUACAACCACGUCGAUGGAAGGUGGACGCGAAUUCGCGACAAGACGCAGUUCUCAUGCUGUCGUCUGUAAACCUCCCCGGAGGUGUUCAGCGCAGGAAACUGGAGAGCGACGAGCUGCAAAUGCGCACAUUCUUCGAAGAGGGCGACUUGUUAGUCGCUGAGGUGCAGGCUUUCUUCUCUGACGGUGCAAUGUCCCUCCACACGCGUUCGCUACGAUACGGCAAGCUUCGGAACGGACAACUGGUAACCGUCCCGCCAAUAUUGAUUCGGAGACUGAAGUCGCACUUUGUCUCUUUACCCUGCGGAGUGGACCUGAUUCUCGGGUUAAACGGCUACAUUUGGGUCAGCAAGCACGUGAAACAGAGCGAGCAAGAGGGCGAGGAGGGAUUUGAUGCGGAGGCCGUGUACUCGAACAAGAACGAUGAUAUUGACGAGGCCACACGCGCCGCGAUAUCACGCGUCAGCAAUAUCAUUAAGAUACUGGCGGCACACUUCGUCCCGCUGACGGACUCCGUACUAUUGGAGGCUUACGAGUGGGCCGUCGAGCAGGAGAGCAGUGUAAAGGACCUCCUCCUUGACGAUGUAGGGGAGAACUUGGUAGCGAGUUUGGGUUCAGGCUUGCGGCAAUAAACGUUUAACCACAAAAUUGUGGUUGUGCAUUCAAAGUCGG